AUUCGAGCACUUUGCGCAUGUUUUCGCGCAAGGCGCGUUGUUUGCUGUCAACGUGAUUCUGUGUUGAUUGUUCGAAGCGAGCUUUCGCUUUUCUCCCGCAGUUCGCUAUGACUGUUUACGGGGACCUGCACCGUACUUUCGUCCAGGUUAUGCUGUCACGGAAGCUUAUGCCUCUGACUGAAUUUCAGGAGUUGGUCCGGCACUGCCACAUUGAGCACGACGUUCCAUGCAUUGCAGUCACCAACCCACAAGCACUCGCCAAGUUUGUGUCUGUUGUCAACAACAAAUUAUCUCCAUUUCACAUGCGCAUCAAAGGCGGCGUGAGUGAAGAAGAUGGCUCGCAUUUCUACGCUCUCGUAAACAUGAGGGAUGACACGCUGUCAAAGUGUGCCACGAAGUUCUCUGGCAUAGAGAUGAAAUUCUUCAAGAAACUGGUGGUGACGAUUGCAGAGUCCAACAGUGGGCACAUAACCUCAACAGCAGCACUCAACAUGGUCUACGAUGAUAAUGACACGGGCCUUCAGAUAAGGACAGCUCAAAGUCUUGUUGAUCAGAUGGUCGAACUUGGUUGUCUGAUAGUGGAGGAAGGCAACAUAUCCUUGAGUCCACUGACACUCCUUGAAAUGGAGCCCUACCUCCGAGAACAGCUCGGCGAAGGCCUUCCAACUUGCCACGUGUGCAAGCAGAUGUGCAUUAAGGGCGAGCUGUGUCCCAACCCCAACUGCCCCGUCAAGCUCCACAGUCACUGUGCAUCGCAGAUCUUUCGUAAAAGAUCAACCGUGUCCGGAAGCUGUCCAAGCUGCGACGAAUCGUGGGAAUUGUAGUCAAAAGAAUGUCAGGACAUAGAAGUUGCAAGAAGACACAACUUCAUAUUGAUGUACAUGUAUUUAUUUAAUAAAACUUGACAGGAUAAGUAACCUGUACAUGAUGAGACAAAGAAAGAAA